CUCCAAUUAUGUUAUAUAUUUACUCUUCCCGCUGUAUCAAUCCACCGGAUAUUCGAUCGAUUUCCCCUAUCAUGACGGCCGUGAAACUGCUAGGAGCAUGGCUCAGUCCGUACUGUUGCAGAGUAAUCUGUGCUCUGAAACUCAAAGGCAUACCUUACGAAUACGUCGAAGAAGAUCUCUUAAACAAGAGUUCUUUGCUUCUUCAGUAUAAUCCAGUUCAUAAGAAGAUUCCGGUGAUGGCUCAUGGCGGAAAACCAAUCUGCGAGUCCAGCAUCAUCCUUCAGUAUAUCGAAGAAACUUGGCCGCAAAAUCCCUUGUUGCCGAAUGAUCCUCACGAGAGAGCAAUUGCUCUGUUUUGGAUUAAAUUUGCCGAUGAUAUGACUACUUCAGUAGCAAUGCUUUACCUAACCACCGGCGAAGAACAAGAGAAGGCGGCGAAGGAGUGCUUGGAGAUGUUGAAAACCAUCGAGGAACACGGGCUGCUUGACGGCAAGAAAUUCUUCGGAGGAGACAAGAUAAAUAUGGUGGACAUUUCAUUUUGUGUGGUGGCUCACUGGCUUGGAGUUAUCGAAGAAGUAACGGCGCUUAAAGUAUUUGAACCACAUAAGUUCCCUAAAUUGAACUCGUGGAUCCUAAAUUUCAUGUCAGUCCCUGUGAUCAAAGAGAGCUUGCCUGAUACUGAGACGAUGCUUGCUUUCUUCAAGGGCCGGAGAGAGAUGGUGUUGGCAUCAGAAUCGAAUUAGAGACUAGGGAUAUUUACUGCAUUUGCACCCCAUGCAAGUGUUGCAAGGUUUGGUAAUUCUAUAUGCUUAACUUUGAUAGUUUGUUUUGAUUACUGAAUUAUAGAAAGUUGUAAUUAUAUAAUUAAUGUUUUGAAUAUAAUUUUUAAUAAGCGGAUUGCUAA